GGCAGAUUAACCCAAACAGCCCCGGUGCUCCUCCGUAGUAGCAGCCUCAGAAACAAGCCCGUACCUCUGAUCCUCGUGGACUCAGUCUGGUCAGAUGGAGGCUGUUUAGUUAACUCAAUUCAAAAAUAACAGGACAUUCAUAAUUGCCUUUUUUUUUUAAAUUCAGUUUUAAAGCCGAAUCAGGAGGGAGAUGGAUGCUUGCUCGAUAAGAGGAGAAAGCACGGAUGCGAUAGUGACGGAUGAUUCUCCUACAGAUGAAAGGGAAAUUCAGCAGGCUUGCCAGAGUGAGAUCCCGGCGGUGUCUCUGUGCCCUCCUGACAGCGAGUGUGCUGCCGAGGCUCAGUUGACAGUCAUCCAGUCUGAAGGGGAGCUAUGUGACAGCUGCAGCAGCCUCGGCAGACCCUCUUCCUCCUGCCAGCUUUAUCGCCAAGUCCCCCAGGGUCCUCAAGCUGGGGCCUACGAUUUGCCACAGCCACGAAAAUGUCCCCACUGCAGCCAUUACGGGCCAAUCAAACCAACCACUUGCCACGACUGUCAUUCAAACACAACAGGUCCUCAUGCUGAAGGAGGUGUAGUGGUGAAAGUGGCACAUAGUUCUGCCCAUCAAACGUCUCGUCAAGGUGCAGUGAGAUGUCAUUGGCUGCAUGGGUCAAAUGAAAGUGGGACACAGAAAACGACACAGCGACAUGUGGUGACAGUAAGGGAUGGAGGACUCUACUGCAUCCUUAGAAAUUAUUCCCAGGUGAUAGUGGACUACCCUUUAGCAGUGUUGGUGGGUUGUGCCCUGCUGCUCUUGGGAUGCUCACUGGCAGGACUCUUCAUUGGUCCACUGCCAGACUUCUCUGACCCGCUGCUGGGCUUUGAGCCACGGGGAACGUACAUCGGAGUGCGCCAUACCAGCUUGUCCCAGCUGCAGGAGAACACUGGCCUGGGGAAAACUCUGUCUUCUUUACAACAGCAGCUCAGUAAAAGUUUUGGGGGUGCUGCCAGCGGAGACGGCAGCGGCAGCCAGGAGUCCUCCAGGCUUCGCAUCAAGAGGAUGCUGGCUAGAGACUCAUCUCCAGACACCUUCCUCUGUGAUGCUCCAGGCAAGCGUUUGGCUCAGUUGGUGUUUCGAUCAGAAAACUCAGCCAGUCUCUGGAGUCUGAAGGCCAUCCACACCAUGUGUGAGAUGGAGCAAUCCAGGAUUCGUUCCCAGGCUCAGUUCCAGGACCUGUGCCAGCAGCAUGUGAGGGGGGAGGCUGAAGGAACCUCCAGAAGCGGCUGUUGUCCGAGCUGGUCUCUGGGGAAUUACUUGGCUGUCCUCACUAAUGCCUCCUGCUGCCUCAGCCUCACCUCACACCAGGUGUCUGAGUCUCUGAACCUUCUCCGGAAAUGUGCUCCAUACUAUCACGAAGGACAACUAGUGGAAACCUGCGUCGAGAGACCCAAACAUGGCGGCUGUUCCUCUGUCCCGUCUCGCUGUAAACAAUCCCGCGUGGUGUUCCAAAUCCUGCACUUUCUGGUUGAUAAAGACUUCCUUGGCCCGCAGACUGUUGAAUACCAAAUCCCUACACUGAAGUACAGCCUUCUGUUUUUACCCGUUGACAAAGGAGAACACAUGAUGGAGAUAUACAUGAACAGUCUUGAAGGCAGGGAUCUGACGUACAACAACACGACUAUCACUGGCAUGGACUUUGGCAUCAAGCAGACGCUGUUCAAGUAUUACCUGGCAAGAGAUUCAGUCUACCCUGUCCUAGCUGUUGUGUCACUUCUUUUCACUAUGGCUCUUUAUCUCCACUCUCUCUUCAUAGUAGCAUUAUCUGUAAUAGCAAUCACAGGCUCCCUCCUGACCUCUUAUUUCUUCUACAAAGUAGCAUUUCGCCUGACAUUCUUCCCCCUGGUCAACCUCUCAGCAGCUCUUAUUCUCUUGGGAAGCUGCUCCAAUCAGGUUUUCAUCUUCACUGAUUUCUGGAAUCUGCAGCUAUCCCAGAACCCCUCGGCCUCUCUGGAGAAGAGAGUAAACAGUGCUUUGCAGGAAGUCGGCUAUUUGAUUUUAGCAUCGGGGUUGACCUCCAGUGCAGCAUUUUUCUCUGGUUAUCUCAGCAGCAUCACAGCAAUCAGAUGUUUCUCUGUUUAUCUAGGAACUUCCUCAUUUAUCAGCUCAAUCUUGGCAUUAGUGUGGCUGCCAUGCUCUUUCAUUCUGCGUGAGCGCUACACAGACGCAUCCUCUGCAUCUGUAGCAGUGCAGGGAUGGAAACCAUGCUGCUCCAAAAACAACGGCGGCUUCUGGGACACAAGCUCACGCAAGAGAUGCCUUUUCACUCUUGGGCAGAAGCUGAGAGAAUUAAAAAGAGGUCUCACUGACACUUCCAACUUAUUAUUUAUGAAAAUCCUGCCUUGUGGAGUGGUAAAGUUUAGGUACAUCUGGGUGUGCUGGUUUGCAGUGCUUGCUGCUGGGGGUAUGUACAUGUCCUGCAUUGACCCAGGCAUGAAGCUGCCCACAUUAGACAGCAGGGUCACCCAGCUUUUCCGCUCCAGUCACCCAUUUGAAAGAUACGACGCAGAGUAUCGUCACAUGUUUAUGUUUGAGAGACAGAGGAAUGGAGAGGAUAAACCUGUUACAUUAAUGCUUGUUUGGGGUGUCAAAGCAACUGAUAACGGGGAUCACUUUAACCCCAAGAGCAAUGGCUCUUUGGUUCUUGACCCAGACUUUAACAUGAGCCGGCCAGAUGUUCAGGUUUGGUUGAGGGACUUAUGUGGACGGGUUCAGAACCAAAGCUUUUAUUCCCCUCCAUCACCUGAGGAUAAAGAUGUUAUGACAGACAAUAUCUGUCUUGUGGAGCAGCUAAUACACUGGGUAUCUGUCAGACGGUGCUCAGAGAGUGAUGACUCCCUCCAUUUUUGCUGUAAUGAAAUCCCUUUCCCCUAUCCUCCCAGCGUUUUUGAGAACUGCCUCAGUAUGAUGCUGGCGGAGAGGUAUGCUGAGGGCCAUCUGGCCCACAGUGGAGGCCUGUACUUUGAGCCAGAUGGCAGGGUCGCUGCCCUCGUGCUGGCAUUCAAAACCACAUACCUCUACAGCUUCAACUUCAGCAGAACCAGUCUUUACUACAGAGAAAUCCUGACAUGGUUUAACAGAGAAAUAACAGGAGCACCACAAGGGCUGGAGAACGGCUGGUUCAUCAGUCAUCUGUCUCUUUUUGACCUACAACAGGCUUUAAGCUCAGAGACUCUUGCAGUAGCUGGCUUCUCAGUAGCGCUCACGUUUGCUUUGCUUCUCUUAACCACCUGGAACCUUCCACUGAGCAUAUAUGGGACUGCAGCCGUAGGAGGCAGCGUUUUUGUCACCGUUGGCCUCCUUGUUCUUCUUGAAUGGCAGCUGAGUGGCAUAGAGGCUCUGUUUAUAUCAUCAGCAGCAGGGCUGUCUGUUGACUUUAUUGCUAACUACUGCAUAUCCUACAGUUUGGCUCCUCAUUCAGACAAAAUUGGGAAAGUAGCACAUGCCACUAAAAGGAUGGGAUGUCCCGUAGCAAUAGUUUCUGGUGCAUUUUUCUCCAUGGGGAUCAUCAUGUUGCCUGCCACGGCCUUGCUCUUCAGAAAACUGGGGAUUUUCCUGUUUUUGGUGAAAUGUGUAGCAUGUGGAUUCGCAACCUUCUUUUUCCAGUCCCUAUGCUGCUUUUUUGGACCCCAGAAAAACUGUGGGAAGAUCACGCUGCAGUGUUUUUCAGAUGACACUGAUGGCGCGCUGUCCUCUUGUUCGGCAGCAGAGCCUGGUUCCUCGCCAGCCUCAGCUGCUAACGGGGCCUUUGGCAGAUCUAGAGUGAGGAGGAGUUAUGAUAAAGAGGCAGGUGGCUAUCUCUACCCCAACCACCAACGUCAGCAGAAACAGACUGGAGCAGGAGGAGGUGGGGGCCGAGGGCCGGAGCAGUAUGAGCUGCAGCCAUUGGCCUAUCGACUGAGCGACAGCUUUGAAAACAGCACCUGCACCAGUAAGCUGUCCAACCGGCCCUCUGUGCUCUCUGAUGAAAUUGAGUACUGUGGGAAAGAUGUGGGCAGGAACAGCGUGGAUGGGGACAGUGAGGAGAUGUGCAGUCAUCAACAAAAGAUCUGUCAAGCACCUCCAGCCCUCCAGACCUCAUCUCCUUACAAAGAAAACACCCUGCGGCCUGUAGGCAUGGCACAAGAAGACGUAGCUAAGGACAAGAGGCUGUGUAAAACAUGCAGAGCUCAGUCUGGUGGGGUGAAGCACUGGAGCAAUACAUCCUUCUCCUCAUCUUCCAGCAUAGAGGAGACCAUCAUCAGCCACACACUGGAGACCAUUGACCAGCCGUCUCUCUGCAAAGAUGAACAAACCAUAGAGGAGAGCCUCCAUCACUCCAAUACAGGGCACCUCUCCUCCCAGUCUCAGAGCUCCUGCGAGGGUCUGGAAGACUCUAAUGAAACAUGUCUGAGUGACAUCGAACCAGGGCCUUCCAACACGCAGCAAAACGAAGGAGAAGAGGUUCAGUUACAACCAGGUCAUCUAAACGGGAAGAGAGAUACACUUCGUCUCUCACUGAAAGAAACGGUUUAUGAGACUUGUAAUAAGGGCCGCACCAGUCAGACUGAAGAAGUUGUCAUCUUACCCAACAGUAAGCCAGACCUGCCAGACGUCUGGAUAAAGAGAGAUGGACAGCGGGAGGAUACAUGUUGAGCGGAGUUGGAGGAGUCUUCGCAAACACUGUGCAUUAAUUGGUCUGAAUUGAUGAAAAAAAAAGGAAUCACUGAACUUACACAAGCAUAUAGAAACUCCAAAAGGAGCAUACACUGUUUUGUGUAAUAGUCAAAGGAAAUAUAAGCCAACUGCAAAUGUAACAUGUGACAGCAUGUUUGUCUAAUGUUGCUGCUACGGUUGUUACAGUGCAUGUUACAAAUGAAUAAGGUCAGCGCACAAGUGUUUCUUCAGCCAAAGGUCAAAUCAAAGCAUGACUUGUUCAACCCGGCAUUUUCAGACAGAAGACAAUAAAAGAUGAAGCUUUCUUUUCAGCCACAACUUUGCACCAAUGUCACACUAAUGUCACACUAAAGUGUGUUGUCAACACAAAAAUUAUCAAGUGCUGCAGAAUUUACUUUGUGCCUGGAACUUUUUAACAGCUGAACAGACUGUUAUAACAACAGCCGCUGGCCUUUCUCCAUGCUGGAAUUGACCUUAAUGAGCCAUAUAAAUUCAUGGACUUCUGAAUAUUAAACGAUAAAUGUGAGAUAUACAGAGAAAGAGCUGCAUUGCGUAGCAAACAACUGUCACUUAAUUACAGUCAGUUGGUUUCACACUUUAUAGCGAUAUGUACAGUAUGUCCUUUGUGACCAUGACGUAGAAAACCAGAAACCUACAGUUGGUAAUGUGUCAUUUGUAGUGCCAUGGCUUGUUUGCAUUUAGUGUUUCACUGUCAAAUUAAAAGUCAUGCUGUUUAUUCCAGUGUCAGUGCCGAAAAAUGUAAUGUUUACUUACUGUACUAAAAGACAAAAAGGGUUUCUAAUGCAGAUAUAACACUGUAUGUGGGUUUAUAGACUAUUGGCGAAUUAAGGUGCAUACUACUCCAGGAUCCAUGGAUGUCCGUGUAUGCCUUAGUAGGAGGAAGCUGUAAUUUCUAUUUCUAAAGCAGUAGUUGUACAUCACAUGCCACUGCCUCACCAGGUUACAAUUUGUAUAUAGACCUUGCUGCAGCACUGUUAAGAGAAACUCCCAACAGAAUAUCUAAGGAACAGAAAGCCUCCACUACACCCAUCCCCCAGCUGAGAUGUCACAUCAGCUGAUUUUAUGUCUCAGUAGCAUUCAAAAACAGUAUUUAUGACAUAAACAGCAUGUGCCAAAUGUCUUUCCACAGGUUGUUUCAUAUGCUGAAACAACUGAAACUGUGUGUUUUGUGCAAAGGAUGUGUCCUUUAAAAAAGUAAAAUAAGAGAUGUGUCUAUGUACUCAUGGUGGUUAUGACCUGGACAAGAAGAGACUUGUGUCAAAUGUGCCUACGAGCAGCGGUAUUUUCAAGCUUUCUCUUUAUAAGAAGUGUUUGCUUUUGACAUCUUGACUGUAUAAUCACAACUCUUCAAUGAGCCUUCAUUUUAAAAUCACUCAGCAGAAUAACCUGCCUUAGUGACGAAUGAAAUUAAUCACAGGCUUUCUAUUAACAGAAGAUAUCAAAAGGUCACCACCACUAUUAUUUACAGGUGUCAGUGUUGUUAAUUUUUCACAAAACUGAAAUAAAAUAAAACAUUUAUUUUCCUGCA